AUGAUGAUCAAUCAUUUAUUAACGUCAAUCAUUCAUUGCAGAGCGCGAUCUGCGUCAGGAUACGUUGAUGACUACUAUAGGGAACCAGAUGAGCGAUCGUUUGUCUGUUCGAAGCCUGGCUUCGUUUGCGCCGCCGCAGUCGUUUUCACCGUUUCCUUCAUUGCCUUGGCUUUCUUCCUCGAAUCCGGCACCGAAUGGCCCGCCAAGGUUCCUGCAAACCGAAGUGACGACAGGGUUGCGGGCGCCAGCGUGCUGCGCCCCCUCCUCGGGAAAAACGAAGCGCUUGGACCUUCGGGCCGGAGCACCGAGGAGCCAGGGUUGACGAGCAAUCGCAGAGAACCAGAAGCCGAGGACGUCAGGGAACAGCCUCGAAUACCGCCGAGUCCCGAAAAAAUACCUCCGCGCAAGAUUUCGGAACUCUCGGCCAGAGUUCCGAACGACACGCUCUUCAUUUACGCGCCAUUCGAUGACAAGUCCUCGAAACAGAAGCGGAUCCUCCGAUUCCUCAUGGACGCGCAACGAUUCUCGUUGAACUGUUUCCCGAGUUUCACUUUCCAAGAAGUGGCUCAAUUCCUUGAGGUCGACCAGUCCUCCGAGAGCGAGGAGAAGAACAUCCACGGCUGUGCGGAUCUCAAUGAAGAGACUUUCGCGGCCCUGAAAGAUCAUUUCAAGAAUGAUUUCCGCAAGAAUUCGAAAUAUAUUUUCGUCAUACGGGACCCGAGAUCGCUAAUCCAUCACGCAUUCAACAAGCACGGAAACGAGUUGGAAAACUGCAGAGAUAGUCCCUCUCAUCGCUGUCUCUACAACGAAGAAAUCAUGAGCAACGCGAGGAAGACGGUCGAGAACUGGAAUAGGACAACCACGGAAAUGAUUGAAGUCUGCAAAAAGCUCAGGCGAUCAACUUGUCGUCUCAUCCUCAUCGAACGUCUGAUUCUGCGACAAACGGAGACUCUCGAUGAGCUGGCGGAAUUCCUCAUGAUGGAUAAAAACAGAGACGUCUACCGGAUGCUCCAAAAAAUAAUGCAAAAAGUGGAUGACGGCAAUGUUGAGAGCGAGACGCCAAAGAAAAGAGAAAUAGUCGAUCUCUUGACCUUCUUGCUGACGGACACGUCGAGCACGUGGCCGUGGAGUGGACAGUUACCGUUCAACGUUUUCGAAGAUUUACCGAAAUGGGCGCCCUUGAUGGGGAAAAUUGGUUACGGCUUCACUGCUGAAGUACCCGACAUGAGCAAAGAUUGGCUCGCCGAGUACGUGAAGAUGUAGUGCCAAGACUUAUUCCUCACUGGAAUUUCACUCAUGCCGUAACCUGAUGCUAGGAACCUGGUUCCUUGAUGGAUCACUUGCGAUAUAUGAUACAUCGAGUAAUCAGAUAUUCCAUUCGACUUGAAGAGGAGCUGGGGCGCGGGGGGCGAUUUCGACAAGCCUACGCGGCACUUGCUCUCAUUCUGGAAAAAAACGCGCUCGAACGAUCGAGGUUUUUCUUCUUCUCCCUCUGCUCCUUCAUGUUCUGUUCAAUCUUUACCCCAUUCUUUCACAUCGCUCGGCGGGAGCCCGAUCGGUCCGACAUGGUGAAAAAUUUCGUCCAGUGCCAAGUCGCAUUUGAAUAAAUGAGGGCUAUGAAUGUAUAUUUCCGACGCACAGGCUGAACCACAACGACCAUUGAACAGUGAUUUAUCAAAAGACUCUUCUGUAAAUAGACUAUGGGUACUUGUAAAUAAGUAAGAGAAGAGGAUGAACU